UAAUGGCCCAGGACAAAGGUCGGGUGGGGCGCCCCAGCACCCCCAUCCUGGUAUUCCUGGGCGGGGCAGGUCCCCGCUGCUUCUGCGCCUGCCGGUCAGACCUUGCCAGACCUCCUCAUACCACCGCAGAAGCAGCCAUGGACCCCAAGAAGCAUGGUCACCCCAAACCUCCGGGGGCGCCUCACCAUCCAAAGCAAGGCCAUGGCAGCUCCUCGGACUCGAGCAGCAGUUCCAGCGACUCAGACUCGGAUGGCAAGCAUCACGCUGCUGGCUCCAAGCCAAAGCCACACGAUGGCACCUCGGGCAAGGUCAAGAAGCCCAAGGUGAAGAAAAACAAGGAUAAGAGCAAGAAGCCCUCCCACUGAUGGGUCCCAGCCCGGUUCAUU